GAUCCAAUGUUCUGUGCGAGGGUCGCUGUUGCCUUUAUGCAUACAUUGCGACCUUGAUUUAUUUGUUGUUUCUGAUACCAUACCAGUACUGUCUGUGGUACAAACUCGAUUGGUUGGAGGGAAGAUACCGGUACCAUUGAAGCAGGUUGGUUGCUCAGUUUUAUUGACGAACACAACUGCAAUUUCUCUCUUUUUGAAAGAACACACUACCGGUACCUUUAGAUAUCGAUUAUUUCUAGCUACGAGAAUUCUGUACUAGAUAGCAGUUAGUUUCUGUAAGAUGAGGCACAAAGCAGGACAAUGGCGAAUGACUGAUGAUGCGUCAAGAGAAGACGGCUCGGAAGCAUUUGUAAAGAACGGUCGCGAGGCUAUCAUUGGCCGACUCCGAAAAGCAGCCGAAUGGUUGGAUCAAGAAGAAGACAGGAACAAACUCAUCAGCAGCACACUGGCUCUUGCCAAAACCAACCAAGAAAUCUUGCAACGGUGUCUGCCCCACAAGCUUCCUCGGCAGCAACAACAGCAACAACAACCAAAUCCUACAACAGCGACGAAUCAAGUAGAGUUUUAUCGGUUGGGUUUUGAAGUGGUAGAAGUCACGACGACAAAGCCCGUCUAUUCCUACACCAAUCCACUUUUGCAGGGCAGUCCCAUGCUCAAAUUUCAGACCAAAUCGGAAGUGGCAAGGAGAGCCUUUACCAUUUCUCAAAAGCUUUCGACGGUUCUUAAUGACAUUAUCCCCAUCCCACAGGCAACUACGGCCAAUCAACAAGUUCUCCCCGACUAUGAGAACUAUUUGUCCAGGGCCAUUUUGCUACAAGAUGAUAUUUUGAUUCUAUUCCUGUUGGUCUUGAAGGAACAUUUGAAAGCCAUUCAAGUGUCGUUGGGGGAGAUUGAAUCGUGGCUUUUGGAACCAAUGCACAUUGUACAAUUUCUCAACGAUCAGUUUGGAACACAGCUUCAACUGUCGGAACUGCAACCGCAUCCGAUGGAUACGCACAACAACAACCACAACAACCACCAAACUAAUAUCCAGCCAGGCGAGGACGACUGUUCCACGUGCUCAAAAUGCUUCCACGUAUACGUGCGGCAACAACAGCAUCCGUACAAUGCAUUCCCUCAGGCAUCCGGUGGUGGCAGACGUCGUCGCAGCGUGCUGCAGCGGACAUGGGGUGGUGACUUUGACUUGUUUGCCCAUUCGUACAACACGAGUAGUGAUUCGUACUUGUUUCCCGAUGGCACCCUCCAAUACAACGAGGCCGAUAAAUGCCCGUUUUGCGGACAAACCACUGCCAUUGCAUCCGAAGACAACAACGGCAACAGCAACAACAAUGUAAUACCGCUCAAGUCUGUGAGCAUGUCCGACGGAGACAUUACCAAAUCAUUUCGAGUUUCCGAAGAGUCCGACAGGGAAAAGCUCAAAAAGUUUCUCGACUUUGUCAACGCCUAAUUGAUAUCAUACCGUCUCAACUAACUUUGAAAUACGGUCAUGCCUCAAGAUGGUUGGGAUCAGAGUGGACUUAUUACAUGGCUGCAAUAAUACGUACGCGAUCCAUUGUAUGUCAGUUCGCAUUGGAUGCAGAGGUGAGCAGACUUGUUGGUUCGGAAUUCCUUGAUCCUUCGGGGUCAGCCAGUUGGUCGCCUGCAAAGACCUCAUGUCUGAAUCUGUUUUAAAAAAAAUAGACUUGCGAGUUUUUGU